AUGGAAAUCCGUGACCCAUUCUCAGACAGCGCGGCACCCAGUGUUGUGGCUAGUGUUGGGUCAAGUGCUGCCCAUGCUGCUCAAGGUAGUAUUGACGGGUUACCUAUUCGGGAUUCAACCUACACUCGUGCUCCAGUAAAGCGGAGGUUUAAGAGCUAUCUCUUAACUGGCGAGUAUGAACGACCUUGGGUGAACGACAAGCGAUUGAAGAGGAUUCGCGUGAAUAAUUAUAUCAUCUGGGGGUUUAUUGUCGCAGGAUUGGCCGUGAGUGGUUAUAUCAAUUACAACGCCACGACUCAAGUACACAAGCAUAGCUACUGUCUUAUUUUAGACGAUGACUUUUCAACCUUGAAUACAAACGUGUGGACUCGUGAAGUUCAGGUCGGUGGCUUCGGUACUGGUGAGUUUGAGUGGACCACAACGGACGACCGUAAUGUCUUUAUAGACCAGGAAGGUCUUCACAUCGUCCCGACCCUCACCACAGAUACAACAGCCAUCACCGCAGCCGAGAUUACCAAUGGCUACACACUAAACCUAACGCAAGCUAGCGGUGAUGGCACUUGCACAGGAACAACCAAUGAAGCAUGUUCGGUGCGUUCGAACAGCACGUUGGGAACUGUAAUCAACUCAGUCCGCUCGGCGCGCUUGAACACGAAUGGUAGCAAACAUAUCACGUACGGCCGAGUUGAAGUCGUUGCCAGGCUCCCAGCUGGGGAUUGGCUAUGGCCAGCAAUUUGGAUGAUGCCUACCAAUAAUGUUUACGGAUCAUGGCCCGCCAGUGGAGAAAUUGAUAUUUCGGAAAGCCGAGGAAACGAUAUUUCCUAUGCUAACGGCGGUCGAGAUGUCAUGUCGAGUGCCAUUCACUGGGGCCCGAGCUCAGGAUUAGAUGCAUUCUGGCUCUCAACGCGCGGCAAGGCUCUGCGCAGAACAGAUUUUAGCAAGGGGUUUCAUACUUUUGGCCUUGAAUGGUCAGAGGAUUACAUCUUUACUUGGGUGGACAACCCACUACAGCAAGUCAUGUAUUGGGCCUUCCCCAAGAAUACAAACAUGUUCCAACGCGGCCAGUUCACCGGGCGGACAGCAAAUAAUUCGCUAGUGACUGACCCAUGGUCGCAUACUGGACGGCCUAACUCGCCUUUUGACCAAUCUUUCUACUUAAUCCUGAAUGUUGCGGUUGGAGGGACGAACGGGUGGUUUGCGGACGGCAUUGGAAAUAAACCUUGGACAGAUGCUGGUCAUGGUGCCUCGGAUUUCUAUGCUGGUAUGGCUCAGUGGUAUCCCACCUGGGCCAACGGGUCUUCUCGCGGGAUGACCGUGAAGUCAGUUAAGAUGUGGCAGCAAGGAGCUUGUUCUUGA